UCAAUAUAUUCCUUCUUGCUGUCACAGCAGCAGCAACUGAAGCGAGCCAUCCUCCGCAGCGCUUCACCAUCCAGAUCACCUUCUUACAUCCUCGCACACAUGGGACUGUUCUCCAUCCUCCGCGCCUUUGCGCUCUAGCCGUGCGCACCGGAACCAGAGCGCCUCUGCGCAGACAGAGAGGGACUGCUUUGAUUCUCUGAUCUAUCGGGGAUCAGAGUAAAAGAGGAGGGGAGGCUAGAAGGAAGACCACACGACAGGUCGUGACAGCAGAGCUUCCUCCUGGAUAUCUGAUAAACUAAGAGUGGCUUCUUGUUGUUUCAUCCAUCAUGGCGUGUGACUCUCCAGCUCAGAGCCAGUUUGAAAUCGACCUGUCGGCUUUGAAGGAUCCCUCUGGAAUCUUUGACCUGGUUGAGCUGGUGGGAAAUGGCACCUACGGGCAGGUGUACAAGGGUCGCCAUAUCAGGACGGGGCAGUUGGCAGCCAUCAAGGUCAUGGAUGUUGCUACGGAUGAGGAGGAAGAGAUCAAAUCUGAAAUCAACAUGCUGAAGAAGUACAGCAACCACAGGAACAUUGCCACUUACUUUGGAGUGUUCAUCAAGAAACAACCUCCUGGCAUCGAUGACCAGCUUUGGUUGGUUAUGGAGUUCUGUGGCGCUGGCUCGGUGACAGACUUGAUCAAGAACACCAAAGGAAACUCGCUGAAAGAGGACUGGAAUGCUUACAUCUGCAGAGAGAUCCUCAGGGGUCUAGCUCAUCUCCAUCAGCACAAGGUCAUACACAGAGACAUCAAAGGACAGAACGUGCUGCUGACAGAGAAUGCAGAGGUCAAACUAGUGGACUUUGGAGUUUCUGCCCAGAUGGACAGAACAGUGGGAAAAAGGAAUACAUUUAUUGGGACACCAUACUGGAUGGCGCCAGAGGUUAUUGCCUGUGAUGAAAACCCUGAAGCCACCUAUGACUGCAAGAGUGAUUUAUGGUCUCUGGGAAUCACAGCAAUAGAAAUGGCUGAGGGAGCACCACCGCUGUGUGAUAUGCACCCGAUGAGAGCACUUUUCCUCAUUCCACGUAAUCCAGCUCCCAGACUCAAAUCAAAGAAGUGGUCACGGAAGUUCCAGUCAUUUAUUGAAAGCACUCUGGUGAAGAACCACACCCAGAGGCCCAGCACAGAGCAACUCCUCUCCCAUGCCUUUAUCGCAGAGCUUCCCAAUGAGAGACACCUGCGCAUCCAGCUGAAGGACCACAUCGACCGCACGAAGAAGAAGAGAGGAGAGAGGGAUGAGACAGAGUAUGAGUACAGUGGCAGCGAAGAGGAAGAUGAAGAAAGGGAAAAGGGUGAACCAAGCUCCAUCAUCAACGUCCCGGGGGAGUCAACUCUGAGGCGAGAUUUCUUGCGCCUUCAGCAGGCCAACAAGGAGCGCUCGGAGGCACAGCGGCGGCAGCAGCUGGAGCAGAAGCAGAACGAUGAGCACAAACGCUUGCUGCUGGCUGAGAGACAGAAGCGCAUUGAAGAGCAGAAGGAGCAGAGGAGGCGGUUGGAAGAGCAACAGAAGAGAGACCAUGAGCUGAGGAAGCAGCAGGAGAAACGCCGCUUUGAGGAAAUGGAGAAGAUCCGCAGGGAGGAGGAGAGGAGGCAAGCUGCCAGAGAACAGGAAUAUAUUCGUAGACAGCUGGAGGAGGAACAGAGGCAGUUAGAGAUUCUCCAGCAGCAGCUCCUACAGGAACAGGCUUUAUUACUGGAGUACAAGCGUAAACAGAUCGCGGAGCAGCGGCAGGCAGAACUUCUACAGAUGAAGCUCCAGCAGGAGAGAGCCUACCUGGUGUCUCUACACCAACAGCAACAACAGCAGCAGGAGGGAAGGCAAGCGGAGAAGAAACAGCUUUACCACUUCAAGGAUGCCAGUAAUCCUAAUGACAAGCCUGCCUGGGCUAAGGAGGUCCAGAAGCGGCCAAAUGCUCUUGGUAAAUUGCCUGCACAAGCCAUUAAAAGUCCAACCUCUAGAGAAAACAAGGUUCCUCAGAAAGCACAUAGAUCUCAAUCCGCUAGAGAACUUCAGAUAUCUGAAAAACCACUCCAAGGAGUCACAAACAAAGUCCCCGAAAUUUGCAUUUCCCCAAAUUACUUGACACCCCAAGAUAAGUACAUCCCAGAGCAGAACAAGGGCAAGAUCCAAAUGCAAAACAAUUCUGGCAAAGGUCCCCUUGGGAAUAAGAUAGAAGGAGUCAAGAAGGCAUCAAAGGAUAAGGGUAGUUCUGCAAGAUCACAGGCUAAAGCACUUCAACCUCAUCUCCAGGCUUCAGGACAGGCCCAGACUCCACAGUCUGGCUCAUCUGCUAACAUGCGCCUAUCGGUGGAGGAGCGAUCUAAGAUGAACAGGCAGAGCUCGCCAGCACUGCAGCACAAAGCGUCCCACCGCAUCUCCGACCCUUCCCUUCCUCCCCGCUCCGAGUCGUUCAGCAGCGGAGGCAUGCAGCCCACCCGCACCCCUCCCAUCCACCGCUCCAUUGAACCACAGCCUUCAUCUCAGAUGGCCCAUCUCAUUCCCGUGAAGACCCACUCCAGCUCCAUGUCCGGCUCUCCUUCUCUGCAAGACCAGACGGGCUUGGCUCUGAGUGAGGGGGUUGGCGUGGCAUCACCAAAGCCUGAGAUGCCCCGUCAGAAUUCAGACCCCUAUUCUGAAACUCCAAGUCUCCAGCAGCACAUCAGCGGCAGGGAGGAAAGAGAUCGGGAUAGGACUGCCUGGCUGAGGGAGGAGGAUAUGCCCCCCAGGGUCCCCCAGAGGACAACCUCCAUAUCUCCAGCCCUCGUUAGAAAGAAUUCCCCCAAUGGCGGUGUGGUUCAGGGCCCUCGCACAGGUUCUCAGCUCAUACGAGCCAGUAAUCCAGAUUUGAGACGUUCUGAGCUCUCCCUCGAUGCCAUACUACAAAGAACUUCCUCUAACUCCUCAUCCUCCUCCUCUCCAUCAUCUCAGGGAGGCUCAUCAGAGAGGAGAGGCCAGACCCAGGCAGUUGGAACUCCACCUACUGCCAACGAGGAGGUUAAACCCAAACAGGAUGAUGGUCGUGAAUCAGCCAGACCCAGCAGACCUGCAAGUUAUAAGAAAGCCAUAGAUGAGGAGGAGCUGGACUUAAGUGCUCUGGCUAAGGAACUCAGAGAACUGAGGGUAGAGGAAGGAACCAGGCCUCCUGUGAAGGUCACAGACUACUCAUCCUCUAGCGAAGAAUCGGAAAGCAGUGAUGAGGACGGGGAGGUGUUGGGGCACGACGGGACUGUGGCUGUUAGCGAUAUCCCCCGCAUCAUGCCUGGAGAGCAGAGCAGCUCUGAGUCGUACGGAGGGCUGGCAGAGGACGCUUUGGGAGAUGCCUAUAAUAGCUCCAGGGACAGUACUCUGAUGAUGAGAGAGGCAGAGGAAAGGAGGAGAGGUGGUCACCCUGAAAGUAAUGGGUUCGGCAAUCACGGUAACCAUGGUAACCUCCCUGACCUAGUGCAACAAAGCAACUCUCCCAACUCCACACCCACCACAGCUCUGCAAGAACUAAGUGACAUGGCUGAGUUUGGUUUAAGUGGGUCCAAAGCAUCGUUUACUCCAUUUGUUGACCCUCGUGUUUAUCAAACCUCCCCGAGUGAAAACGAUGAGACCUCAGCAGCAGCCAUGUUUGCUAAUGAGCUGCUGAGGCAGGAGCAGGCCCGACUAAACGAAGCUAGAAAGAUAUCUGUUGUGAAUGUGAACCCUACAAACAUCAGACCUCACAGCGACACCCCAGAAAUUCGUAAAUACAAAAAGCGCUUCAACUCAGAGAUCUUGUGUGCCGCACUCUGGGGUGUGAACCUUUUGGUUGGGACUGAAAAUGGUUUAAUGCUGCUUGACCGAAGUGGACAGGGCAAAGUCUACAACCUGAUUACAAGACGUCGAUUCUUACAGAUGGACGUUCUGGAGGGUCUGAAUGUAUUAGUCACCAUAUCUGGGAAAAAGAAUAAAUUGCGAGUCUACUAUUUGUCCUGGCUGAGGAACAGGAUAUUACACAAUGACCCAGAAGUUGAGAAAAAACAAGGUUGGAUCACUGUUGGAGAGCUAGAGGGCUGUGUACAUUAUAAAGUUGUUAAAUAUGAGAGAAUCAAGUUCCUGGUGAUUGCACUUAAGAACUCAGUGGAAAUCUAUGCCUGGGCACCCAAACCUUAUCACAAGUUCAUGGCCUUUAAGUCUUUUGCAGAGUUGCAGCACCGUCCUCAGCUAGUUGACCUCACAGUGGAGGAAGGCCAGAGGUUAAAAGUUAUAUAUGGUUCCUGUGUGGGCUUCCAUGUCAUUGAUGUGGACUCAGGCAAUCCCUACGACAUCUACAUCCCCUCACAUUGUUCCAAACACAUGAAGAUCCAGAGUCAGGUGACACCCCAUGCCAUUGUCGUGCUACCUAAGACUGAUGGAAUGGAGAUGCUGCUGUGUUAUGAAGACGAGGGGGUCUACGUCAACACCUACGGACGCAUCACCAAAGACGUGGUGCUACAAUGGGGAGAGAUGCCUACCUCUGUUGCCUAUAUCCAUUCUAAUCAGAUUAUGGGCUGGGGCGAGAAAGCCAUAGAAAUCCGUUCCGUGGAGACAGGUCAUCUGGAUGGAGUGUUCAUGCACAAGAGAGCCCAGAGACUUAAAUUCUUGUGUGAGCGCAAUGAUAAGGUAUUCUUUGCAUCUGUGCGUUCAGGAGGUAGCAGCCAGGUGUUCUUCAUGACACUCAACAGAAACUCGAUGAUGAACUGGUGAUGUGUCACCUCGUCUGCUCUCCUUCAGUCUCCUACUGGCGAGUCCCACAACCUGCUGUUUCUGCUGCGGCCUAAUACACAUCAGACGAAAUGAACAGACUGACACGGAUCAUCACAUAUGACCUCUUUUUGCGCUCUAGAGACAUUUAUGGAGUAGGAAAAAAAAAACAGUCCCAGAAGAGACUAGAUACCCUAGUCUGAACUGGGCCAUGCA